AUGGUCGUUGGUAAUCUUCACAAGAAUUUGGAGGGCUGUAGAGUCCCAGUCAGACUGAAACAGUCAAAAUUAUAUCGUAACACCGAUGAGUUUUUUAAUAAGCGUCUGGAUGAGUGGGUAGAACAAAGCAGAAUCGAUUUUGAUAAGUUGGAAUAUCCUUCCAAGAAGCUCCCUCGUGAUGGCUCAUCGGCAUCGCUUUCUGUCCUAUCUACGGCGGAUCCGACCGUAAAAUUCUCUGUCACUACUGAAGAUCCUACUGAGAAUGAACACUUACAGAUUCUGUCUCCGAAGACUCGUAUCAAUCCUACUGGUGCUCUACAGCUUAAAAGAAAACGACACUCUGACGAUGAGACUCCUGCGCAAACCAUGGAAUCUAGAGAUGAACCAGACAGACCAAAGUCACAAGUAGUACCUCGUCAAACAGGAAGCAUGAUAUCCAGCCAUCAUGAACAAGACGUUGUUACACGAAUACGUAACAUUGAGUGGAUACAAAUUGGACGCCACAAAAUCAAGCCUUGGUACUUCUCGCCCUAUCCAUAUGAAUUGAUCUCAGCGCCUUGUAUUUAUAUAUGUGAAUUUUGCCUUAAGUAUCUCAAGAGCGAAGGAUGUCUGAAGCGGCACCUGACUAAAUGUCAAUUUCGCCAUCCACCUGGAAACGAGAUUUACAGGAAACUUCCUCACAGUUUUAUUGAAAUUGAUGGUCGUAAAAAUAAGAUUUACGCACAGCAUCUUUGUCUGUUGGCUAAAUUGUUCCUCGACCACAAGACCCUCUAUUACGACACGGAUCCUUUCCUAUUCUACGUUCUUUGUGAAAUCGAUGCCUAUGGUUACCACUUGGUCGGGUACUUUUCAAAAGAAAAAGAAUCCUCCGAGGACUACAAUGUUGCUUGUAUCCUGACACUCCCGCCUUAUCAGCGCAAGGGAUAUGGGAAAUUCCUAAUCGAGUUCAGUUAUGCUCUGAGUAAAAUAGAAGGGAAGCUGGGGUCUCCAGAGAAGCCACUCAGUGAUUUGGGCCUGCUCUCGUACCGUUCCUACUGGACGAUGACCAUCAUGGAGAUCCUCCUAUCGAUCAAGCCCUCAGAACCGGGACAAGAAUCCGAGAAUAUUGACGCCUACAGACGCAGCAUGGAAAAACGUUCCGUGAGGGUAGAUCAGUCAUGUCUUCAUUGGAAACCAAAAGAUUGGAGCAAACGGGGUCGAUGGUAG